AGAGAGAGCCCCAAAGGCGGCGGCGACAGGGGGAAGUGGGCGGGGCCUUCCCAGCAGCACUUCGGACGGAGCCAUUCCGCCCCGCGACGCCUCCCUCAGGCUUCCGGCUCCCGGCGGGCAGGCAGGCAGGCGAGCCCCAGGCUUCGGCUAGGCCCAGGCCCCGACCCGGAAGAGCUCUGCGGCCCCGCGGGAGGGAGGGUGGGCUGACUUCUCCGCCGCUCGGGAAGGCCUUCAGGCCCGCCUUCGCUCCUCGGGCCUCCUCCCCCGGGCCAUGGGGGACCCCCUCGCCCAGAUGCAGGGCGGGUUCAGCAGCACAACCAUGGACGAUCUCCUCCCAUUGAUUUUUCAACAGAACUGGGACCCUGCUCCCAGUAGCACUCCUUUUGUGGAGAUAAUGGAGCAGCCCAAGCAGCGGGGAAUGCGGUUCCGCUACCAGUGCGAGGGGCGCUUGGCGGGUUCCAUUCCUGGAGAACGAAGCACCGAGACGACCAAGACCCACCCUACCAUCAAGAUCCAUAACUACGUGGGUCCAGGGAAAGUCCGCAUCUCGCUUGUGACCAAAGAGACGCCAUACCGGCCCCAUCCCCACGACUUAGUGGGAAAAGACUGCAAAGAGGGCUACUACGAAGCCGAGCUUUCCCCAGAACGCUCCAUCCACAGUUUCCAGAACCUGGGAAUCCAAUGCGUGCGGAAACGAGACCUGGACAAAGCAGUGGCCAAGCGGAUCGAAACCAACAACAAUCCUUUCAAUGCAUCUUCAGAGGAGCUAAAAGGAGACUAUGAUCUGAAUGCGGUUCGGCUCUGCUUCCAGGUGUGGAUCCGGGACGCGGGCAGCGGUCACUUGGUCCAACUGCCCCUGGUCAUCUCGCAGCCGAUCUAUGACAAUCGUGCUCCCAACACUGCGGAGCUGAAGAUCUGCCGGGUGAACCGUAAUUCAGGGAGCUGCCGGGGGGGAGACGAGAUUUUCCUCCUUUGUGACAAAGUGCAAAAAGAAGACAUUGAAGUCCGCUUCUUCAAGGACUCCUGGGAGGCAAAGGGCUCCUUCUCCCAGGCUGACGUCCACCGUCAAGUGGCCAUCGUCUUCAAGACCCCGCCGUACAUGGACCAAGCUUUGCGGGAACCCGUGACCAUCCAGAUGCAGUUGCGGCGCCCGUCCGACAAGGAAGUGAGCGGGCCCAUGGAGUUCCGGUAUCUGCCCGAUGAAGGUGACUCUCAUCGGAUUGAAGAGAAGCGUAAACGGACGCUCAGCACAUUCAAGAACUUUGUGCAGAAGGCACCCUUUGUAGCUCCUGAAUCUCGCUCCUGGCGCCGCAUUGCUGUUCCAAAACAAAACUUAGCACGGCCUGGUAACAGUGGCAUCCCGGGGAUCAUGGGUGCAGCGGGAUCAACCCCACCGUUGGCCCAGAAGCCGCAGAGCCUGGCGCAGCCUUCUCCAGGCUUCUUUGGGGGGCCCAGCCAUACCCCUCCAGCUCCUCCUCCAGGCGCUGCCCAGGCUAAUUUCAGCACAGUGAACCUGGAGGACCUCUCUGGCCUCGGAGUCGCCCAGCAGGUCCAACCUCCCGUGUCAGAGUCCGAGACCAGCAUUGCGGAUGCCUUCCUGAACCUCCACUUUGUUGAGGGAGGGGAUGCCGGGGGCAUGGAGCUGGGCGGGAUCCUGGACGACGUGCCUUACACCAGUUUGGAAGGAAUCAACACGGCUGAGUUCCGCCAGCUCCUGACGGAAGGCGUGGGCCCGGCGGCGGCGACACUCCCAGACAGCCAGGGAACCCUCCUGACUUACCCAGAGUCCAUCACCCGUUUGGUCAGUCAGCGGAGGGCCGAAGGAGAGCCCAGUGGCAGCGGAGACGGAGGAGGAGGCGGCGGCAACAACAGCGCCAACAACAGCGCGACCAACAGCUUCAUCAACGGCCUUUUGGGAGCCCUGCCUGGUGAGGAUGGCUUUUCGUCCAUGGUGGACAUGGACUUGAACUCGAUUCUGAGCCAGCUGAACUCGUAAGUACGACUGCCGGCCAUCCUCCUUGGACUCCAAAGGCCUUGCUUGCCUCGAGUUUCGGUCUAGACGGACAACACCUUCUCUGCUUCCUGGUGUUUUCGGAUUGAUGUGAACAGAAGUGAGACGGGUUACAUAAUCUGACGUGGAGGAAGCGGACUAACUGAAAGUAGGUCAUUUUGUUUUAGGAGGUGGCGACAUCUGACAAUCUGUCGGAGACUCUUCAGCAUCCAAAAAUCCUUAACCAAACGUGUUCGUAAAAGGAAAAA